CUGAUCUGAGUCUCUGUCUCGUCUGUCUGUGUGAGAGUGAACAACCGUCCAAAUGGCUCAACAGGGAGAUUUGCUGGACCAGGACCAGUUCUGUUGUUCUGUCUGUCUGGAUCUACUGAAGGAGCCGGUCACUAUUCCCUGUGGACACAGUUACUGUAGGAGCUGUAUUGAGGGCUGCUGGGAUCAGGAUGUUCUGAAAGGGGUCUAUAGCUGUCCUCAGUGCAGAGAGACCUUCACUCCAAGGCCUAAUCUGAGGAAAAAUAACAUGUUGGCUGAGCUGGUGGAGAAACUGAGGAAGACAGGACUCCAGGCUGCUCCCCCUCCUGCUCUGUGCUAUGCUGGACCUGGAGAUGUGGCGUGUGAUGUCUGCACUGGGACCAGAAAGCAGAAAGCCCUCAUGUCCUGUCUGGUGUGUCUGGCCUCUUACUGUGAGACUCACCUCCAACCUCACUAUGAAUCUCCUGCUUUGAAGAAGCACAAGCUGGUCAAAGCCACCGCACAACUACAGGAGAAGAUCUGCUCUCAUCAUGACAAACUGCUGGAGGUUUACUGUCGUACCGAUCAGCAGUGUAUCUGUUAUCUGUGUGUGAUGGAUGAACAUAAAGGCCAUGAUACAGUGUCAGCUGCAGCAGAGAGGACUGAGAAACAGAGGCAGCUGGGGAUGAGUCAGCAGAAGGUCCAGCAGAGAUUCCAGGAGAGAGAGAAGGAGCUGAAGGAGCUCCAACAGGCUGUGGAGUCUUUCAAGGUGAGUAUUGUUGACCAGAGGAGACACACCAUUUCAUUUCUCUCCUCCAGUCAGAGAGAGAGAGAGGGGCCCCUAUUCAAUCCCACUGACCCCACUGUUGGGAACAGGCUGUCUGGACCCCUUUCAGAGAAUAGACUGGUUCAUUUAACCAACUGGGCUGCCUCAUCACAUAACCAUGAGUAACCAUGACUGACUCAUGUCCCCUAUACAUUAAAAUGGAGCUGUCUCUCUCUCAAUUGAAUUAAAUUCAUAGGGCUUUAUUGGCAUGGAAAUAAUAUAUGUUUAUAUUGCCAAAGCAAGUGAAAUAGACAAUAAACAAAAGUGAAAUUAACAGUAAACAUUACACUUGGAAGGGG